UUCCGUUGUGCUUAAUAUUGAUUUAUAUUCUUAUUUCUUAGCUUGGUGCAAUUUCAUCCUGAUCCGACAAAACUGAUGUUGUUCUCAUCGUCAGCUGAUAGUUGCAUUUGGAUUUGGGAUCUCAAUACUAGCACAUGCAUCUCGACGGUAAAAGGCCACUACAGUAAUGUGACUUCUCUAUCAUUGUUCGAAGACAACGAGAAAAUGAUCAGUGCUGGACGUGACAAAGUUGUAAUAUUGUGGGAUCUUGCCACAAGGAAAUCAUUAAAAACUAUACCAGUCUAUGAGGCAGUGGAAUCUGUGAUUGUUCUGCCUCGUGAUAAGGAAUUAGAAUGGUGCAUGACAGCAGAAGAGGAGCAAAAUGUUAAGUUUAUAACUGCUGGUGAAAAAGGCAUCAUUCGGGCAUGGAGUGUUCGUGAUGGCAAGUGCAUCUUUGCCCCAGAAAGAUCUGCAAAUAAAGCUGUGGACAGUAAUUGUGAAAACCCUGCUCCUUCAUCAACGGUUAUCCAGUGUGUCCUCAAUGAAGCUCUUAAUUGCAUCGUUACUGUUUCCGAUGACCAAAAUAUUGUCCUUUAUGACUUGAAUUCACUGAAAAUCUUAAAACAGUUUGUCGGACACCUGGACGAAGUUCUGGACUUAAAGUUUGUGGGGGAAGAUCAUUCCCUUCUCUCAAUCGCAUCAAACAGCCCUGAUGUUAAAGUUAUUGACAGAGAAACCAUGGAUUGCAGAAUAUUGAAUGGACACACAGAUACAAUAAUGGCACUAGAUGCAAGUUUCGAUGGCAAAUACAUCGCUUCAUGCUCAAAGGAUAACAGUCUAAGGAUCUGGAGACUGGGCGAUGACAAAACCUUUUCAUGCGUGGCCUUAGGUGUUGGCCAUACGCAUGCAGUUGGAACUAUUGCUUGGCCGAAAAGAAGCACAGAUCAUUUAGUAACUGGAAGUCAAGAUCUAACUCUGAAGUGCUGGAAAGUCCCACAAAUAUUUGAGGAUAAUGGUUUAUCAAAGAUUCAAGCUGUGUGGACUGUGAAGGCCCAUGAUAAGGACAUCAACUCUGUUGUGUUUUCUCCAAAUGACAAACUCAUCGCUUCGGGGUCUCAAGAUAAAACAGCAAAGUUAUGGCUUGCAUCCGACGGAGGCACGUACGGGACGCUGCGAGGUCACAAACGAGGAGUUUGGUGCGCAGCGUUUUCUCCUGUCGAUAAAUGCCUAGCAACAGCAUCAGCCGACUCGACAAUAAAGCUAUGGGCAAUUAAAGAUUUAACUUGUGUGAAGACACUGGAAGGUCAUACCAAUUCGGUGCUGAGGCUUGAAUUCAUGACACGUGGGAUGCAGAUAAUAUCAAGUGGAUCAGACGGCCUAAUCAAAAUAUGGAAUGUGAAAACCAACGAAUGCCUAAAUACUCUGGAUGGGCAUGCAGAUAAAGUUUGGUCGUUGGCUUUGAACAAGACUGAAGACACUCUUGUUACAGGAGGAGGAGAUUCUGUGUUGAACAUUUGGAAGGAUGUUACGGAAGAAGAAAGAUUAGAAGAAGAGGCAAAGCAAGAGAAUAUGAUUCUGAAGGACCAAGAAUUAUCAAAUUUGCUUGGCAAGAAGAAAUUUACGAAAGCCAUCGGCCUUGCGCUAUCACUUGAAAGACCGUUUACAGUGUUGUCAAUUCUAAAAGAAUUACUAGCUGAUGCCAAUGGAGAGGAAAGGCUAGCUUCAGUCUUGAGUGGGCUACGGAAUGAUCAAAUAGAUUUGGUUCUCAAGUAUAUGCGAGACUGGAACACAAAUGCCAAAAACUGCCACGCUACCCAAUCAGCACUGUCAAUUAUCCUGAAGUUUAAAUCACCCGAUGAACUGACUGAGCUGCCAGAUAUGAAGGACAACAUCGAAGCAAUUCUUCCAUACACGGAACGGCAUUUCAAUCGGCUGAAUCGCCUUUUACAGCAAUCGGCAUUUCUCGAAUACACAUGGGAAUCCAUGCGACUUUCUGUCAAGGAUGUCGACACUAAAGCAUCUGAGCAGUUGGAAAUCGAUGAAGAAAUGAAUGCUGAAAACAAGAGCCAUAAAUCCGUUGGCCAAGCUUCUAACCAGCAAACAGAACAUCUCAGUGAUCUCAUCGCUAUGGAUACAAGGGAUCAGCACCAAAGUGAGGCUGCAGAUGGAACGGAGGAGACGAUUCAAGAAUCUAAAACCCAAAAUAGUGAGGCCUGUGAAGGAGAUUCUCCGUUAGAAGCAGAACCAAGUCAAGAAGAAAACAAGGAGAACCACAAAACUAUGAAAGUUAGAGAUGAGAGUUGGAUUGAAAAAUCCCCUGGCCCAGGGAAGAAGAGAAGGACUUCAGAAAAAGGAAAACAUUUAAAAACUGGCAUCGCAAAGAAAGUAAAAACGAUAAAGAAUAAACCCCAUUGAUGUAUUCAUACUGAACUUGGUUUUUAGGAGUAAAAUUCUUUUAGAAGAAAUACAU